AUGCAGCAGGUUAAAUCUGAGUGUCAUUUCUCCAACGGGACGCAGCGGGUGCGGUUCCUGGAGAGAUACUUCCACAACCGGGAGGAGUUCGUGCGCUUCGACAGCGACGUGGGGGAGUACCGGGCGGUGACCGAGCUGGGCCGGCCGUUGGCCGCGUACUGGAACGGCCAGACGGACAGACUGGAGGAAGUGCGGGCCACGGUGGACGCCUACUGCAGAUACAACUACGGGGUCGUGGACAGCUUCCUGGUGCAGCGGCGAGUGGAUCCAGAGGUCUUUCUCAUGUUGACUAUUCAGUCAUAG